AUGCCGAGGUUAGAGGAAUGGGAAAUCAAAAAGUAUUGGGAAAUCUUUCAAGGCUUAAAGCCAGCCGACAAUAAAUACCUCAGUGGAUCUCAGGUGACUCCAGUACUUAAGAACAGUAGAUUACCCCAAGAACAAUUGAGUGGGAUAUGGGAAUUAAGUGAUAUAGAUAAGGAUGGGAGAUUAGACUUUGAGGAGUUUUGUAUUACUAUGAGGUUAAUAUUUGAUUUGGUCAAUGGUAAGAUAACCGAAGUACCCGAGGAAUUACCUGGAUGGUUAAUACCCAGUAGUAAAUCUCAUUUGAUUCAAGCCAAUAAGGAUUUGGAUCAGAAUGCUUCUACUGGAGGUGGAUUGUAUGGCAGUGGGAGUGGAUCUGGAUCUGGGAGUGGUGAAGAUGAAGACGAAUUGUUAAGUAAUGAUUUUGAUUGGUAUAUUUCCCCCACUGAUAAGGCAACUUAUGAGACUAUUUAUAAUACAAACUGUGACAGUUAUGGAAGAUGUCGGUUUGACUCGUUUAAAUCACUUUAUGAUUCUUUGACCAAAGUACCUGAAUUGGAUCUGUCGUCUGCUUGGAAUUUGGUUAAUCCUAAACAAUUUGAAACAAUAGAUAAAGAUCAAGUGUUGGUUUUCUUACAUAUCUUGAAUCAAAGAGAGAAUGGUAAAAGAAUUCCAAGGGGGGUCCCUGCAAGUUUGAGGGCGACUUUCCUGAAAGAAGUCCCCAAUUAUGAUUUAAAAAGUUAUAAAUCCACUCCCACUACUAAUUCAGGUGGUAGUGGGAAGAGAGGAUUUGCAAUGAAUUAUUUAAAUAAAAUUGGCCAUAGUCAAGAUUCUCAAACGCAUGGAACAGAUUUCUCGGUUACUGAAGGUACUGAUUGGGAAGAAGUCAGAUUGAAGAGAGAAUUAAAAGAUUUAGAAACAUUACUAGAAAAGGCCCAAUGGAAUAGUAAGCAAGAAAGAUCAUCAGACUUGGCUAAUGUCAAAUAUGAAUUUGAACAAUUGUUGAAAUACAAACAAGAUCAAUUGAACAAAUCAUCAACCACAAGUUCAUCUGAUUUUAGUGAUAUUAAAGGUGAUGUGGAAUUAAUUGAAGCUCAAGUGAAGACUUUGGAAGAGUUCCAUCAUCAAAAGGCUCAAGAGUUACAACAAUUGACUCAAGAAAUAGCAAAAUAUCAAUAA